GUAUAUGCUGUUUGUUUAGAUUAAGACCACAGAAACAACACAAAGAACCUCAAAAGUAUAUGAAUAUUGAAUCAAACAAAAUUGAAACUGAAUGUUCUAGCUUCGAAAUUUGCUUCCGCAAUGGAAUUUGAAGAUCAUGAGGAACAAGAAGAAGAGUUAUGUAUGGGUGCAGCGAGUUAUGACUCGUUACCUAACUCGUCACGAGUUAAGAUGCCAGGUGGCAGUGAAGCUAUUAUGGUUACUCAUCCACUCAGAAACAUCAUCAACAACAACAACAACAACGGAAACAGUAACAGUAACAACAACAACGGGAACAGUAACAACAGUAACAUCAACAUCGGUGUCGGAAACGGAAAAGCAAGGUAUAGAGAGUGUUUAAAGAAUCAUGCUGUCGGAAUCGGUGGUCAUGCUUUAGACGGUUGCGGCGAGUUUAUGCCGGCGGGGAAUGAAGGAAGUUUGGAAUCGUUAAAAUGUGCCGCGUGUAACUGUCACCGUAAUUUCCACCGCAAGGAGUCGCCUGACUUCACCGCCGGGGAUCCUUUUCUGUUGACACACCACCACCACCAUGCGCUACCUCAGCCGCAGUUUGCGGCUUAUUAUCGAACUCCGGCUGGGUACUUGCAUGUUUCCGGACAGCAGAGGACCGGGACUCUUGCUCUACCGUCGACCUCAGGCGGAGGAGGAGGCGGAGGGACGCAGAGUACGAGGGAGGAUCAAGACGAAGACGUUUCGAAUCCGAGCGGCGGUGGUUCGAGUAAGAAGCGACACCGAACAAAGUUCACGGUUGAACAGAAGGAUAAGAUGUUGGAAUUAGCUGAGAAAUUGGGGUGGAGAAUUCAGAAACAUGAUGAAGGUUUGGUUCAAGAAUUCUGCAAUGAAAGUGGUGUUAAGCGUCAUGUUCUUAAGGUUUGGAUGCAUAACAACAAACACACUCUUGGUAAGAAGCCCUAGAAAAAAUAAAAUUAAUAAUAACAAAAAAUUUCCAAAAUUUUCUUUCUUAGGGUUUAUUAAUCCAUUAAUCCAUUGUGGAAGUAGAAUGGAACAAUAUAAAUAUUUAUUUAAGGUACUUAAUUUGUGUUAAUGUUGUGGAGUUGGAGGGUUAAUUAAGUUAAGGUAAGAAGAUUUAGUACUAGAAGUAAUUAGAGGUUUGUUGAUGAUGAUGAUGAAGUUUAUUUAUGUGUACAAUGUAGAUGUUUUCUAUGGUGAAUGAAUGCAUUUGGAUUUGGAUUUGGAA